UUCUUCUCCCACGAUCCAUCCCAUCCCUCUGCAAUCCCUCUGCAGUCCCAUCUGUCACUACCUUCCCCAUACCUACUUGUCUGUCAUCAACUCCGUAUUCUGAUAUCUCCCAAAAUGGCGGUCCGCCGCUCCGCUCGCAUCAGGGAGCGUCAGUCCUCCGCCGAGAUCCAGACUCCAAAUUCUCAUUCUAGAGCUCCUGAGAAGCUGUCCUCCGUUACGGAACGCGAUGAAACUCGCGUCAUUGAUGCCCAGUCUAACGUCGAAACUACCGCUAUCGCCUCACCAUUUGCGUCCGUCCCCAAGACUCCUGACCAUGAUCCUGCCACCCAUAAGAAACCCCCCACCUAUGCAAAGACACCUACUAGCACGGGAAGGGUUCGUCCGUCCCACGAAGAGAUGCACCCGAGUAAAGUGCAUCAGAGUACGACCAAGCAAGCGGACUCGGGCUUGGUUCUAGGCUUCAAGCCUGUUAAGAAGGAUGAAAAUGGAAAUGUUAUUAAAGAAGGGCCGGUUGAAAAUACUCCUACCAAGGCAAAGGGUCCUCGGACGAACCAGCUCGGUACUCCUACUUUUGAGUUUUCAUUCGCCUCUCAAGAUGCCCAGCUCAGCGAGGACGCCAAGAGACUCAUGGAAAGUGUUCGUGAAGACGUCGGUAGAAUAAAGGCGCAGAUGGUUGCGGAAAAGAACAGUAAGAUGCACAAUGGGGAGGAUACUGAGAAUUUUCAGGGAGAUAGGAAGAUCGCCAAGCCAAAGGGCAUAGCUGGCCGUUUCAGUGCUGCUCACAUGGCCCAGUUUAAGAAGAUGGAUUCUAUUGCCGGCCAUCCCUCUGCUUUCAGAGCGGCGCCUGGUCGUUUCCAGCCGGUCAUCAAAACUCUCAAGAGGACACCCUCCAAGGCUCGCCUGGAUGAGGAAACCGAGAAGACCCCGAAGCCGUCUGAAUCAACCCCUGUUCGCAAAUCUAUGCCGUCACCAGCGGUGACUGAUAGCCGUGCAAAGCGUGUCAAGCAUGUUUUAACCGACGAUGCUUCAACUCACCGAUCUGAAUCUAAUGAAGGCCCUGCUUCUGCGAAAUCCGUGGACCCGUAUCCCCGAACCGCAGCCCAUAAUCUUCUUCGGACCCCAGUAAAACCGACCAUUGCACGUUCUUCCAGUGUCAGGCCCCACAGGCCUUCGAAGAUUCCUUCCCUCGCGGAAUCGUCUGCAUCAAAAGCUUUUGCCACUCCACAUGCCCCCCAGACCGAGUUCAACCCUAAACUAAAGAGUAAUCUGCCGACCUUUGGCAAUCUCAAGUCCAUUCUCCGCCGUCAUCAACCGUUGUUUUCAAGAGAUCCCACGAAGAUUGCUGCUGGAACGCAUCUUGCCGCGCCGGAUUUCAGCUCCAAUAUGUUGCUCGGUGCUUCCCGCGAAAGAACUAGUGUUCCGGACCCUGUCGAGACUCCUUCCCCUAAGAAACGCGUCGAGUUUACCUUGGAUAGUGAAUCCCAUGAAGAGCUAUCUCAGCCGUCUCCUUCGCCGUCCAAGAUUCCGACUGUACAAGCACGCACCAUGAUGUCCGACGUCGUCUACCCUACCUUGCCAGCUUUGACACCUGAAAAGGAAUCGACGUCUGCUACUCCGGUCACAUGCAAGGACAAGGUGCCGACUAUCCGUCCAGUUCGGCCGUCAGGUGUUGCGAUGAAUGCACCUCCACUUGAGAGGCUGCUCGCCGUCCCCCAUGGAAUUCAAAACAGGAAGAGACGUCGUGAGGAAACAGAAGAUGACACGGAUAUAGAGAACGUUCCUCCGACGGAUGCCACACCCAACCUUCGCCUGACAAAGAAGAUCAGGAUGACUUCUGCCUCUCCUGAGAAAGUUACCACUCCCAGCCCCGUAAAACGCCGUUCUACCGCAGUGGGUCGUACUCCCGGCAGGGCAACUCCUAGUCACACUCCUGUCCGCUUUGGAAGCCCUGCCAGCGCGGGACCGAAGAGCAAGCCGGUCCUAAGCAUGAGCCGGCUGAACAUGCUUGCUAAGCCAAAGGAACGUCGUUGAAGUUAAUGGAUGGAUUGGAAAUUGGUUUAUACCCCUCUCGAGAAUCAUGGAUGAAGAUGCAUCUAGAGCUUACGAAGAGGUCUGCCUUGAUAGAUACGACAAACUGUCCCACUUAUUUCUGUUUCCGGGAUUUCUCAAGUCAAGAAUCAUGCUGUACAAGUUUUUCCCCCUGUUUCUCUUGGAGUGCUGGCGCUUUAGGGAGGAGUGCAUUUGGCGUUGCCAUCGGGAUGCCACCAUGGCUUUUGAUUGUUUCUCAGCAAUGCAAUGACCGGACUGUAAUGAUAGUCGAGCUCUGGUAGCCUUCAUAGAACGUGUGCGAUAUACCAAGGUCCUUCUGGCUUCAUGAUUAAUAAUGACGAGUCGUACGGGACGGUUGAUCCUGAUCAGCCCACAUUGCAUCAGCC